UUCGUCGCAAAUCUUGCUUUUCUGUAUGAUGUGUGGUUAUUGGUCUGCGUUUUUAUCAAAAUCUUAAAAUCAACGAGAAAACGCUCAUAACAAUCAGCGAUGGCGACCGGGAGUGGAGAUAACAAUGUGUUCUUAUUUAUACCUAACAUCAUAGGUUAUGCCAGAAUUAUACUGGCCUUGGUGUCAUUCUACUACAUGGCGACAGAUUGCGCUUUAGCAGUCUGGUGUUAUAUUAUCAGCUCGUUCCUCGACGCCCUUGAUGGCCACGCAGCACGUUAUUUCAACCAAAGUUCGAAGUUUGGCGCAAUGCUAGACAUGCUGACCGAUCGGUGCGCUACCAUGUGCCUGCUUGUCACGCUGUCAUUGUUCUAUCCACGAUGGAUGUUCUGGUUCCAGCUGAGCAUGACCGUUGAUAUUUCUAGUCACUGGCUGCAUUUACAUAGUUCAACUGUCAGUGGUGCCACCAGUCAUAAAGCCAUUGACCUAUCAGGCAACCCGAUUUUGCGACUCUACUACACGUCUAGGCCGGUGCUGUUCUUCAUGUGUGCUGGUAAUGAGAUGUUUUACAGCAUGCUCUACAUCUGCCACUUCACUGUCGGACCUACAUUGUUUGGAGUCGGACUCUGGCAGUUGCUGUGUGUGUUGGCCGCGCCGGUGACGCUGGUAAAGACCGGGAUCAGCUUGGUGCACUUGGUGACCGCAUCUCAGAACAUGGCUGCCAUCGACGCCGCAGAGAGAGCUACCGCCAGACAGGAGAAGGACCAGUAAUCUCCCCCUCACCCACCUCCGGGAGGAAAGUGACAGCAUCUCAGCGCACGCCAAAGCUUAAGUAGCAUUUUGUGGUGGUUUGUUUGACCACAGCAGUGUCCUUCUGUUCUGUAAGUAAGUAAGUGAAGUAACCUCAGAUUAGCAGCGUUUAGCAGGCGUUGCCUGCGAUUAUUAUGCCAUAUUGUAUCAUUAUUCGUGUGUGGUUUCUUGGCAUGCCCAUGUGAAAUGUUGUUUAUCCCCAAUAGUCGUUAUUGCGGUAGGGUUAGCACCAGGUGGCAGCACGUCACUAGUAACUAUUUAUUGCCAUCUAGCAAACCUGGACGAAUCUGCUCCUCUUAUUCAUUCUCCUCGCAGUAUCACGUUGGUUGAUGUGAACCUAUGGCCAUACAUAUUUCAUUUGUAGUCGGCCAGAAACUGAACACAAUGCCGACGAAGAACUUAAAAGUAACUCCAAAUUCUUAGCUUUGUUUUUUGUCAUUACAAUCAUAUAACAGAAUUACUGCAAAGUAAGGAGUUAGGAGUACUUAACAUUAUUACUACAUAGAAUUAUCCCUAGCAGAAUUUCUGGUGUAGUCAUUAUUCACAAUAUGAUAUGGUUCCUGUAUGACCAAUCCAAACCAAUUAGGUACAGCUAUGACAACCUGAAUCAGGGGUAGAAAUCAACUUUUGAACACGGGAGUCCAACGGAUUCCCUACCCUCAAAAAGAGGGAGUUCGC